AUACCAUACAGGCAAGAGACAGGAGAUCCAACAACAGCUUGCCAACAGUCGUUAUCAUGAUAAUGACAGUAAACCCACCAAGAGUAGUCAGCAGCUUACUGCUCAGGAAGGUGGUGAUGAGCUGCAACCGGUACACGACGACGCUGACCAACGACCAUCACAACCACAACAGCAGCAGCAGCAGCUGGAGGAGGAGGAGAAGGAGGAGCUGGGGUCAUCUCCAUACAAGCAACAGUCCGUGCCUUGGGAUCGGAGUAAUUCGAUCCAGGAGGAGGAGGAGCAGGAAGAAGGACAA